AUGGAUUCGCAACUGCUCGAGUACGCCAAAGACGCCGAGGACACUGCAACAGCACUUAAAACCUUCCUCGGCGAGAUUCCGCAAUAUCGCAAAGAUAUCACUGGCGAUAUUGCUGAAUUGUACGCUAUAUCAAGUGCCUUGCAGACGCUUCAUGAAGCGCUCGACCUGUCCCGUUAUGGCAGGGCAUCAGGCCGGAUCUUGAAGGACCUGGAUGUAUGCCUUCCCAGUCUGGGCUAUACUCUUGAUGAUGUACGCGACAUAUUCAACAAGUCGAAAAGGAAGAAUCGACUCCCUGGCGCAUUUCCUGGCACCCCGCAGUAUGCUGAGAUGUGGGAGGAUGCUCUUGCCGAUUUCACAGGUCAAGGAAUACCUCUACCGCUGCGGCUUGAGUACUUUCGUACAUACCUGCAGGGUAUGUAUGAUGAGCUACGAGGUGAUGACCCAGGGCAGGAGAUGAACAAGAUUCAGAUUCGUCUGAAGAAGCUGCUAAAGCAACAGGAACCCCUUGACUCAUACUUUGAUAGAUUGUCGAUACCCAAUUACGGUCCUGCCAGAACGCCCAAGCCCGAACCACCUCGUACCCCAAGGCCGAAGAUCCAGAGCUUCCUAUCGCACCCAGCAUAUAGCCAUGCACCUCCACCACCCCCGCCACCACCUCGAAUGUCAUCUCGGCCAACGUCGCAGAUAUAUGGUGGCAUAGGAAAUGUUCCAAUCUAUAUCCCUCCAGCAGCCCCUUCUGUGCCUACAUCGCCUACAUUCUCAUCUGCAUCGUCGCAGGGGCUGUCGUCGCACUCAACCGACUCGGGAGGACCGGUCGCUCAUUGGGCUAUGCGGAUCUUCGACGGACGACAUCCUUCGACCGCUUCCCGGACUUUGGGGGAUGUCACCGAAUGCCUCGGGCGCGACGAGCCACGCGUCAUCGAGAUGCUACGUGACGAUGGAUUUGAGAAAGUCCUCGAGCUGCCUCUAGAAGCGGCUAAUGUGUGGAUACGCCUGUAUUGCAGAUUCGAUGACCUUCGCGCUCGCAUCGUCUUUCUCACCAUGGAUCCCGAUGGAACGCGUAGGGGAUUCUGUUUCCCGCUAACGGGGCUCAAGAUACUUCGCAGGGACUCUUGCCUACAGCUGUGUCGAGUGAACCGGAAGGACGGAAGGCUCGACCUAUGGGCCCGCUUACGUUUUCCUUUGUAUGAACGAAUGGUGCUCUUCUACAACACCGCCAUUGCGAUGAAGAUGCAGGACCGAACAGGUAUCGCCCCCGGCCUCGAAGAUUCCUUUGAUCCAGAUAACAAGGAUAAGCUCGAGUUCAGCACCGAGAUAGUAGAUGGACGCUUACUCCAUCACUUUCGCGUGUAUCGGGAUCGGGAUUCUGGUGUAGUCCGGUUCGAAGCGACUCCUCGCCGUGGUCCACUGAAAUCGAUACCCAUCUGGACGGCAUUCGUCACACCAUACGUCGGAGAAAGAAACUGGAUGAAGCGAGUUGAGUCGAGCAGUGUUGUGUUCAGGCAAAUACAUCCAUACGUGUUCUGUGAGGGCUAUAAAUUGCCAAAGGGUCCAAGUGGUAGAUAUCAGCUGACCUUCUCUGCACUUGAGGGUAUGUUCUUACGACCGGACCAAGACAAGAUCAUCGCUAACCAGGAGUAG